UUUUUUGUGUCAACAAUCGUUUAACACCAUGUUUCUUCGUAUUUUUUUGUCGCUCGGGAUCAUUUUCUGCGUGGCCUCGGCGGAUGAUUUUCGUUGCGACUACACCUAUGACGAUGACGCUAACGGUUGGUUGAAGUACCAGAGAGUGCCGGCGAAUUGGCACGACGCAAGAUUGAGAUGUCAUCUUGAAGGUGCAGUGUUAGCUUCACCGUUAAACUUUAGAAUGAGAAACGCAAUGCUCAGAAUGACAAGGGCAAAUACCGAUAUAUUCACUGGAUAUCAUGCGACGUUCUCAAAAGAAGACUAUCACUCUGUUGAAGGACUACCAAUAGACAAGUACACUCCGUGGGUCAAUGGAGAGCCUGACAAUUGGGAAAAUAGCGAGGACUGUCUGUAUAUGACUUCAAGUGGAAAUUUAGGAGACAUGAACUGUGAACUUACAAGACCAUACAUCUGUUAUAAGAAAUACAAUCCCAAUGAUCGUCGUAAUGAAUGCGGAACCAUAGAUAGCAAUUACCAUUACUACAACUCAACUGGAAGCUGCUACAAGUUUCACAGAGUGCCGCGUAAGUGGUCACGAGCUUUCAUGGCGUGCAACGCGGAAGGUGGUUACUUGGCCAUCAUCAAUAGUAAGACUGAAGCAAAGGCUAUCGCGGCAAUCUUCGCACAGAAUCCAGCAACUUCUAUGGUAGGAAAGUUUUGGAAAGACGUAGCAUUUGUCGGAUUCCAUGAUUGGGGUGAACACGGAGAAUACUUAACGAUAGAAGGUCAGACUCUUCAAGAGGCAGGCUAUGACCACUUCUCUCCUGGAGAACCCAAUAACUCAACAACCGGCGAAUACUGCGGUUCUGUGUACAGAACUGCUUUGCUGAAUGAUCUGUGGUGUGAAAACAGCUACGCUUUCAUAUGUGAGAAGGAUCCAAAAAGCUUAGUGUGUUAACCAUUCACUUAAGCGUUGAAAUAAAAAAUAUUUGGCAAUUUA